CAUCCCAAAGGCAGACAGCGCAGGGAUUUAUUCAUGCCUUAGGGAUCUUCUCAAUGUCUCCUAGCACCUAUCCGCUCGAAGACGAGAAUGUCAAUCCUACCGCGAAUUGGAAAUUAUCAGCACCAGCUCCAGCAAAGAAAUCAUGGAUCCCAGCGGGCUUUGGAGGCAGUGGCAAGCAUGACGCCACCAUCGACAUACCAUUAUAUGAUCCGAAGAAGCGGGAGCAAGAGCUCUUAUCAUGGGAGGAGGAUUUGAAGAGGAGGGAGCGGGAUAUCAUACAGAGGGAGAAUGCAAUGAACAGAGCUGGUGUCACCAUCGAAGUGAAAAAUUGGCCACCAUUCUUUCCCGUCAUACAUCAUGACAUAGCCAAUGAAAUACCAACCCAUGCUCACCAGUUGCAAUAUUCAGCAUUUGCUAGCUGGCUAGGAAUUGUUGUAUGUCUCAGUUGGAAUGUAUUUGCUGUCUUAGUUGAAUCAAUUCACGGGGAAGAUAUUGUUCUUUUUCUCCUUGCCAUCAUCUAUGCGGCAUUUGGAUGUCCUCUUUCAUACAUCCUAUGGUACAGACCUCUGUACCAGGCCAUGAGAACUGAUAGCGUGGUGACAUUUGCCCAGUUUUUCGUCUUCUACUCGGUGCAUGUUGGAUUUUGUGUUAUUGCUGCAAUUGCUCCGCCGAUAAUAUUCAUGGGGAAAACUCUUACGGGAAUUCUUGUGGCUAUCGAUGUUUUAAACACGGAUAUGUUUGUCGGGACAUACAGUGGAAAUUGA